AUGUUUCUUCAAGCAUUUGCCCGUCCACCAAAAUGUAUAAUAACUAAUCAGUGUCUUGGGAUGAAAGUUGCAAUUGCUAACACAUUCCCACAUUCUAUUCAUCGUUAUUGUAUGUGGCAUAUAAUGCAAAAGUUCCCUGCCAAGGUUGGUCCUGUGUUCUGUGCAGAAACGGGAUUUAUGGAAAAACUCAAUAAGUUUGUUUGGUCCUCACAUUUGACUGUUCCUGAGUUUGAAAAAGGUUGGGAUGAUGUGCUUAAGGAAUUUGGAUUAAGUGAACAUGUCUGGUUGAAAGAGAUAUAUGCAAUGAGGGAAUCAUGGAUUCCUGCUUUCUUUGCGGACAAGCCAAUGGGAGCCUUAUUGAGAACAACCUCAAGGUCAGAGAGCAGUAAUUUCUACUUUAAUCAUUUCGUCCAAAAAGGGGAUACUCUUUCAGAGUUCUACUUGUGUUAUGAGAGUGCUAUUGACAAACAAAUUCAUGACCAAAACAAAUUGAACACCACUGACAAGAAUUGUAUUCCACAAUCUAUUACUGAGAAGGCUAUUGAAAAGCAUGCAGCUUGCCUUUAUACUCGAAGUAUGUUUUAUAAGGUUCAAAAACAAAUAAAAGCCAGUUGCUUUCAUAUCAGUCUUGGUGGGCAACCAAUUGUUACUGAUGGCGUGAAUAAAUAUUUACUUUGUGAUAAGAGCUUGAAUGGUAAGUUGUUUGAGGUUGAAUUUUGUUUGUCAACAUAUGAUAUUAGCUGUUCCUGCAAGCUGUUUACCAGAGUAGGCUAUCUGUGUCGUCAUUGUUUCUAUUGUUUGAGUUUGUGGGGUGUUAAUAAAAUCCCACAUCAGUUCAUAUGUAAGCGUUGGAUGAGGAAUGCAGAGAGAUUUUGCAAAUUGAAGUUUACUGAUGAAAGCGAAUGUGCUACUGAUGGGCAUAUCAGUAGAGAAAUUGCAAUGAGGAUAUGGACAGAGUAUCAAGCUUGUGUUGAUAAUGUUUGCAAUAACCUGAAAGGUUUAGAGUAUUUGUUGGAUGAGAUGAAGUGCUUGAGGAUUAGAGUUGAAGAGAAAUUUGAUAAACGUCCGGCAACAAAAGAUGAUAUGCUGGAAGAGAUUUUUGGUGUGAGGCCUUCAGGUUCAAGUAAUGUACUUCCACCACUGCCAAGUAACAACAAAGGAUGUCGUAAAAGAAUUGUUGGUGGUGCAGAGUUAAGUCGUGAUGGGAAGAAAAGACCAACCAGGACAUGUAAAUUUUGUCAUACUCUUGGGUAUCAUGAUUCACGCAACUGUCCGAAGAAACUCCUUGUUAAUCAGCAGAUUCCAACUAUUCCUAAUAAACAAGUAUCUCUUAGUCCUAGCUUCUACUCUCAAAAUAUGACUAGUUAG